CAUGAGUUUACAAAUAGCUACCAGUUCAUAUAACGGAAUAGCAAUAUUUCGUAUAUCUCAUUUGUUAGUAAGCAAAUAAACUUUGGCUAUGUGACGAGCAUAUCUAACAACAACUGAUCUCAUUAGCGAGGAUGGCUGAUCAUGAUGAUAGUACGUGUAGUUCUGGAGGAUCAGUUGAAGUUGUAAACCCAGAAACAUCAGAAAUGACAGAUGCUGAACUCUCUGUUAAUAUUCUGGUGAACAAUGGGCUCCCAGUUAUGGUUAACGGGGAUAUGUGCACUGAUGGACCAGUGGAAUCUGUAGAACACUUUGAUGAUUCCCAGCCAUAUUUACGUGUGUCUGAACAGCCACAGUCACGUGGUUUUAGGUUUCGCUACAAAUGUGAGGGUCCAUCUCAUGGGGGUCUUCAGGGUGUGAACAGCCAGAAGAGCAAAAAAACUUUCCCAGCUGUGCAGAUCAUGAACUACAAGGGACCAGCUCGUAUUGUGGUGACUCUAGUCACAGACAACGUCGUUCCCAAGAUACAUGCUCAUGAACUUGUUGGAAAGAAUUGCCAGAAUGGAAUUUGUGUUGUGGAACUAAAAGGAAAUGAACCCAGAGCAGAGUUCAAAUUCCAGAAUUUGGGAAUCAUGCAUGUGACCAAGAAAAAUGUGAAGACAAUUCUGGAACAGCGCAUACUGGAGUCUAUGAGGCUGGAUCAGCUGAUUAAGCUGGGAAAUCUAGACAUGACAUCAAACUUCACCCUAAAAUCUGCUGAGAAGGAACAAGCAAAACUUCAGGCAGAAAAGGAGGCCAAGUUGAUGCAGUUAAAUGUGGUGAAGUUGUGUUUCCAGGCCUAUUUGACUGACAGACAAGGCCACUUCACGCGUCUUCUUCCAUCUGUUCUCUCUGAUCCUAUAUAUGACAGCAAGUCUCCUGGAGCUGCAGCCCUGAAGAUCUGCCGCAUGGACAAAUACGGUGGUUGUUGUACAGGAAAUGAGGAGGUCUUCUUGCUGUGUGAAAAAGUCCAGAAAGAUGAUAUUGCUGUGCGUUUUGUGGAGGCAGAUGAAGAUGGGAAUGUUAUUUGGGAGGACUAUGGGAAUUUUGGCCCAAAUGAUGUUCAUCGACAGUUUGCCAUUGUGUUCAAAACACCUCCAUACAAGGACAGACGUAUACAAAAGGCUGUAAAUGUUCAGAUUCAACUUAAAAGGAUUUCUGAUGAUGAGCUGAGUGACCCCAAGGCCUUUACUUAUUACCCAGAAGACUCAGAUAAAGAAGGCAUAGAUCGUAAACGUAGGAAGGUUUUACCAGGUAUGGGUCCCUCAACGUACAAUCCUGAUGAGGGGCGUGGGGAUGGAGGGUCCGGUUAUGGCCCAGGCAAUGGCAACAGUAAUGGCCCCUUCCGCAGCUCAGACUCCCGUAUGGUGGACACCUAUAUGAACUAUGGUGGUCAAGGAGGACAGCAGUUUCAGUAUAGCAGUUUUCCAGGGCAGAAAGUGAUAACAGAUCAUCACUCUGGCAAGUUAAAAUUGCAACAUCAACAACAACCUUUCAAACAAAAUACGCCGUUUUCGUAUCAUCAUACUGCUCUGGAUGAAAACAACCUACAGGAAGAUUGUUCACCGUUUACUGAUGAUCCUGGCAUACAGAGAUUUGGCCAGCAGAAAAUGGAGAACUUCGAGGAGAAAUCUGUGGAUUCAGUAGACGCAGGGUUUUACUCGCAGGAAAUUUCCUCUCAUGUGCUUCAAGAGGAAAGUCAAGCGGGAAUGUCAGAGGUGAAGGAAGAAGUAAACUCAAACAAGUCUGUAACAUCUGCUGCCCCGGGCCCUGGCUCAUCCCUGGCUCCUGACCCUGCCCUCAGUGUUGCCCAUGAUCAUAUGGUGCUGAGACUUGUGGAGAGGACUAGCUUAGCCCUGCAGGAGUAUGCAGCUACAGGAGACAUCAAGGCACUCCUCCUGGUACAGCGGCAUCUCACCUUCAUGAGUGACGAGAAUGGAGAUCUACCUCUUCACCUGGCUAUCAUCAACAAACAGCAAGAUGUUGUUAAGCAGCUGUUGAAGGUGAUGACGACUAUACCCAGUGCUGGACGAAAGCUUAAUGCCUAUAACCACUUGCACCAGACUCCUCUACACCUUGCUGUUUUAACACAACAAACACAAGUCAUUGAUAUGCUGUUAAAAUUUGGAGCUAACCCAGCAUUGGUGGAUCGGUAUGGUAACACACCAGUGCAUCUAGCAACAAAAGCAGGUGACGAAGCCUGUGUGCGGGCACUGACAAAGUAUCUUCGCCCUGGUGUGACCCAAGAGAAACCUUUCCCAGAAUUAGACAUCUUCAAUUAUGAAGGAUUGACCCCUGUCCAUCUAGCCGCUGCCUCUGGUAACUUGAACACGUUGAAGGUCGUCUGUGUGAGAAAGGCAGACAUUAACAUCCAGGAUGGGAAGAGUGGCAGGACUCCACUUCACUAUGCCGCUGAGGCUGCAGAUCUGUCCCUGGCUGGUUAUCUGCUCCUAGAGGCUAAUGUGGACCCCAACUCAGUAACAUUUGACAACAAUACACCUCUUCAUAUUGCUUGUGGCCGAGGGCUGACUGGAAUGGUUGCACUCUUAAUGGCUGCCGGAGCUAACCCAGACAUGGAGAAUGAUGAUAAUGCUGAUGAGGUGGAGAGUGACGAUGAGUCAGAAGACAGAGAAUGUAACCAUAGUUGUGACCAGGAUGAUGACAGUGAAAAAUCAGGGAUGAAACCAAGAGACUUGGUGUCUGAUGACAAAAAAAUUCUGCGUAUUUUGGAUGGGGAACCUUAUGCCAGUAUUCAGGAGAUAGCCGAGUCAGAAUCUACACCUGUACCAGCCUAUUUGAGUCAGACUAGCUUUGAGAAGUUCAGCUUUUCGUCAGGCAUGGAGAGUGGCAUUUCCAGCUACUUUGGUGGUUUGUAUUUUCUGGACCAUGUACAUCGUCUGAGGCUGUCCAGGCUGCUGGACCCCAUCUCUGACGGAAGGGACUGGCUCAUGCUGGCAGACAAGCUGGGACUGAACUCUCUCAGAGGCCACUUUGAAGCAGCAACAAGUCCUACUAAGGCACUUGUUGAUUAUUUAGAGUUGUGUAAUGGUACAUUUGACAACCUCCGUCAAACCUUACUGGAAAUGAACAGAACAGAUGCUGUGAUGAUCUUAGAUCAUGCCAUGCAGUCAUACCAAGGGGAGUUAAUUCUGAACAAUUCUCAAGGGCUGGAAAAGACAGUGCCCAGUAUUGGGAGAUUGCGGCCAAAGGUUUGCGCAGAUUCAGGGAUUUCCGAUCUUAAUUGUGACCCUUAACAUGAAGAUAUCAGAUGUAAAAUUCAACAAUUUAUGUUUGUCUCACAUUAUAAAAGCACUUAUAACCUGUUAUAAAGUUAUGUGAGUGAUUGUGAUGAUGAAAUAUGUGCUUGUGGUGGUUUUGGGGUGGUUUUCAAAGUUUGGAAUUCUGGAUGGAGUAUUGAUGCUAGAGAUAACUUCGUUCUGAGUGAGGAGACUAGGGUGACAAUUGGAUUUAUGUAGUUUUCAGAAUUACAUGAAAUGAACAAUGAAAACGAUUUCUGGCACGCAGGUUGAUUAAUACUGUUUGAAUGAACUUGUGUGCAUAAGAAAACCCUAUAAAGAAUGCUUCAGCAGACUAUAGCAUUAGUCAGUUUUUUAAGACUGUUCAUUUUUGUAAAACGGUAAUUUUACUGAAUGUGGUGUUAUUUCGAAGUGUCAAAGGAAGAUGAAGCAAAGUGUCACAUAUAACUGAGUAGAAGCACGUGGUUACCUGUAACAAGGAAGAUCACCUGUAACAAAUAAAUACGGCAAACGGUUAACUGAGAUGCGAUUUACAUGCAUGUGUGUAUUUGUCAUCUGAUCAACAUUGAAGGUAUUUUCUGAGGCUGUGUACAUGUAUGUGUACCACUGGAACAGGUGCUUGUAAUAAUAUACACAAAGUGAGACUGUUGUGUGUUUCUUUAAAAAACGCUCUUUGUACAUGUAUGUGUACCACUUGAACAAGUGCUUGUUGUAACAAUAUAGACACAGAGCUAAACAUUACCUGUUGUAUACAUCUGGAAGAAAUAUUACAUUUAGAGGGUUUUCAGAAAAAUUUUGUUUUAUUGUGAUAGGAUUAUAAUAUGUUUUCAUUUGUACAUAUAAAAGAGCAUGCAUGUAGUUGUGUUUAGAGCCCGGUUCCCUUGUUUCUUUCUGCAUGGGCUCUGGUGACCUUCAGUGAGUUAAAAGUGGGCAGGACCCAGUCUUUCACAGUUUCACCCUACUACUGAUUACAUGAAACACAUUGAAAAGUAAAAAUGAAGAAAGUCUGGAUUCUUUAAACUCCAAUUGGCAGGCUUGUUUUUUCUAGCCUUUAGGCAUGAAAAUUAAUAGAUAGUUGAUUUUGCUAUAUUAUAAAGACAGUGACAAUGAGUCUUUCACAUGUAAUUGUUUGUAGAUUGAUGUAAAUAAUAUAAUUCUUUGUAUUACAUUUAAUUAGACUAAAUAAAUGUAUACUAUUGCCUGCUCAAUGCAAUGUGUCAGUCGAUCCAAACACGUUGCCCUUACACUGACAGGGCUGUUUUGCAAAUGAAACAUUUGUCAUAAAUUUGACCUAAGAUGUCUGUUUAGAAGGAAUGAUUAAUUAAUGAUAACUAUAGCUUUCUCCCGAUCAGCUUACAUACACAGUCGCUUUCAUGUUUCUGGAAAUGAAGCUUUGUUCAAUAAAAAAGAACCAUAAAAAAAAAACAGUUCAAAUAAGUCAUAGACCUAAACUGCAUUUAAAAUAUAAAGGAGUCAUAUACCUGUAAAUCAAUUACAAUUUUGUUAAUUUGUGCCAUUUUAUCAUCAUGUCUGAUCUCUGAUUAUGAUUAUGUGUUAAUAGUCUUUUGGUGGUUAGAUAUUGUAAAUGUUUAAUAUCUAAAGUCAAGCAUGAGCAGAUGUGCCAUUUUUAGUGAAGAGAACUGGCGGAACCAAAAACAGUCAUGUUGAAAGCUGGAAAAUAUUGUUCCCUUUUUAAGGCAAAAACCCAUAGUGUAUAGAGAGACUGCACUUCUGUGCAAUUCAUAAAAUCAGUUACAUUAUUGGUAAACACUGGAAAAGACAAAAAGACAUAUAAAUGCUUGUAGCCGACAGCUUGCAAAAAGAUAUUGUGUAGAAUUGUAUAUGUAUGUAUAUGUAUAUUGUAGGAUGUAGUAUAAUAACACCCACUGAACUAUCCUGAACCUUUAUGUGAAGAUAAUCUGUGUUGUAUUUCUGCUGGACACUUGUGAGUAUGAGUGUAAGCUGAUGAACCUAUUUUCCUUCUUUUGUGUACUUUGUCAUCACAUAUUGUUUACAUACUUGCAGAAGUAUGGUUUUAAAGCAAUCUUACAUAUAAUGUCCUCAAGAUAAAUGCUGUUCUGAUGUGAUUUCUACAUUCACAUUAUUCUCAGGUUCAUGGUGGUAGCAUGUAAGAUUCGCUCACCACGGUUACCACAGCACCUGCACCUGCUGGCCCCAUGUACAAGUAGGCUUAAUAAUCAUUUAGAAUGAAUAGACACUGGUACAGGUAUCAAAAAAAGAGCUUAAUAAAAGCUUUGUUUACAAGAAAUGAACGGCAGUUAAUUCACUCAAUUGCGUCCUUUACUUCUCAUUGGCUUUAUGUAUGAAUGAAUGUAUUUUUGUCAUCUGGAUGAAGUGUGUAAAAAGUGACUUGACAGACUACACCGAGGUGUACAUUGUAGUAAAAACACGACUUUCUGCUUUGACGCUACAGCGCUAGUGUACUACCUAUUUAGUGUGACCUAUGUUACACAAAAGAACAUAGCUUUGGACUGCUUUGUUAAAUGUGGGAAGGACUUCUACAAUUUCCUCAUUGUGUAAUAUGGAAAUGUGUAAUGCCUUUAAAUUCCCUGUUCUUCAGUUUGUCUGCCUGUAUAAACAUGACAAGUGAGACAAUAGCUGCCCCUCAUCCUCUACACCGGCAUGGUGUUCAAGUGUUACAUAUUUUGCAUGAGGGCAUUAGUUUCUCAAAAUUUUUUCAAAGACACUUUUUGUGGAACCUUGUAAUUAGCUAAUCUAGGUAUUGUACUUUCACCUCCAUUGUCACAUGAUUACAGGACAUAAAGGGCAUUCAUAUUGCCCCUGUCGUACCAUGUGUGAAGAGAUUGAAGAAGUAGAGUGUUUGAUAGUAAUGGUAAUGGGGAUAGCUCUAGCACUGUACAUGUAUACAAAUGUAAUCAGAUUUAAUUCGAGGGAGAUGUCUUCAUUAGAAUGAUAAAAUCACACAUGUGCUUUGUGAAGCACUCACAUUGACCAAAGAGACCAGCGUCAAGGAGUCCAGUAGCUUAAUUCGCAUCAAAUGACACCUAAUUGUUUACAUCCACUUUCACUGGUAUGAUUGAUCCUGAUUGCAGUGGUUUCCAGGAUUCCAGUAUUUUCAUAGGAACAGACUUGGCUUAGGGUUUUGCAAUGACUUAAUAGACGUACAAUAAAUACAGGUUAGAGUGAAUUGAAAAGUUUGAACUUGUUUUACUAUAGGUUUGAACGUAAAUGUUUGAACAAAGACCAUAAAAAUGUUUUUUUCAGUAUGUAUACCUUUCAGAAAGUUGUGCCCCACAAAUAUCAAACUUGAGUGCUUCUUUUCAGCAUUAAAAUACUUACCAUCUAGCUAUUGAAAUGCGAAAUUUUGGGUUAUGUGUUAAAUACAUUUUAUUUGUAACAGUUAUUGCUUGAUGAAUACCUUAUCUCAGUGAAAAAGGAAUCUGUUGUCAGUUGCCAUUCACAAUGUGAAUACUGUUUGCUUCUAGAUAAAUGAAAGUGUUUAUUGUGACCUAGUUACCAACACAGCUGCGUCCCUAUCUAAUAUUGAAUGCCAUGUAUGUGCUAAUAUAUACGGUACAACACAUAUAUAUUCUAUCUGUUUUAAUUUUUUAAAUACUGUAAACUAUUUGUAUAGACUGUUUCAAAGAAUUGCUGUACUUUUAAAAAUAUUAUUAUUGUAACUUUUAUGUCAAUGCUUAAAUAAAAUAUAAGCACUUUCAUUGAAUACAUGUGUUCUGGUGUUUUGUAUAUGACUAUUCUGAACGCUCAUACUUAAUUAAGCAGGUUGUGAACUAAA